AUGUGUAUCCAAGAGUACAUUGCCUACCAGUGUGGGCACCGAACACCGGGUGUCGUUCGCCCGUGCCCCCUGACCACCGCAGGACACAACUUCCCCAUCUGCACCAUCCGGCCGUCAAAGCAACACCUGGCACAAACCAUGUGCGGCCCUUGCGAAAGACUCCUACACUCACGAUGGGUACUUAUUCGGGAGUGGGAGCAUCGCUGGCUCCAUGAGCGUGGAGUUUGCGGCUGUGAUGUGGUCUUCCCCGGCCUUCUGACCCGACCUCGCGUGAUUGGCAACGUCCUAGGUCCAGAGGAAGACUUCACUGAAGGGGCCCGAGACGACACAAUCGGACAUUGUGGAUCUGCUCCCACUCCCUAUGAUCCAACGGAGGUAGAGGAGGCACUACAACAAGGCAAUACAGGAACAGGAACUUACCACAUUCCGCCCAUAUUCACCGAGACCGCUACCGGCGAUCAGCAGCGUGUUGCCAUCCGCUUGCCCAGCUUGUACGCGGCCGAGUGGCUAGCUGAUCACCGCGCUCUCCACGACAGCGGAAGAUGCCAGUGUCCGGUCCGUUUUACGCCCUUUCAGCCUGACGUGGGAGAAUAUGACAUGAUCACCGGGGAACGGGAGUAUCUCCAGGAAUACCGCCAGACUGAGAGCCGCAAUAGGGCCAUAAACAAGGGUGAGGAGGAAAUUACUUUACGGAUGGCCCAGAUCAAUGAUACGUUUGGAACUUUUGAUCCUGCUGCUGCUGCGUCAUCACCCCCGGCCAAACCGAAACCUCCUCUUGUAUCUAAUUUACCUCCGACCGGCCCUCGUCAUACCAGAGCUCGCUCGCAUCACCGCCAGAGCCACUGCCUUCAUCAUCAGCAGGAGCAUUUUCAUCAAGGACAGGGACAUCACCACAGCCAGCCAAGGCAUGCCACUUCGGUGACUUUGGCGAACACCUCCGUGCCUUUCCCCCAGGGGCGGUCUUGUGAUCCGGCAGCACAGCACCAGCAGCGACCGGAGCUUUUCGGCCUGGCAGAUCAGCCAGGGCAGCUCUCUAUCCGUUCGUCGUCCCACGCCGUCGCCUCGGUCUACGGCAACCAUGAACAACACGUUUACGGACCACACACCUUCGUACCAAUGGGCAUUGUUUUCCCCGAUCAUUGUGACCACGAGCCCGAGACUCAGGAUGGACCGCAACAGCUUCAGCAACAUUGUCAGGAACUUCAUUCCCUAACCAGUCGUUCCUCUCCGCCACCGUGUCUUCCAUUCCCAUUUCCAUACUGCGGUCUGCCCGUCGGCUCCGGACCAGAGGGCAGUGAAGUACACAUGCCUAAUUGGGAGGAUUGUCAGUUGAGAAGAUGCAAGUCGAGCUUCCAAUCUGAAUCUGAACCUGGACCUGGACCUGAACCUCGUUCUAGAGCUGGGGUGGUUUCGAGCGAGGUUCAAGCUGAGACUAAUAAGGUUGGGACCGAUACUGAAACCAAUAACGGAAACGGAAACGGAACCGGCAUCGCGAAUGAUGCUGAAGGUGGUUGUGGGGCUCAAGUUGAUCACGCCGAGCAAUACCAGCAACACCGUACAAGUUUGGGAAGAGGACACCAGCGGAGCUCAUCGUACUCCUGA